GCGAAGGAAGGCGGGUGGGUGUAUCUUGCUACUGUCUGUGCCCAAUCUCCGAGCCGGGGAAGGAGUGCCUUAUGAAUAUGAAAAGCACCCCAGCUCUCUCUGUUCCCUCCCUUUCUGUCCUCCUCUCCUUGGCCAUGAAGGCAGCAGCAGAGCAGCUGUGAAAUCCGGAUGCUGGGGACCAGCGGCGAAGAUCUCUUCCUCUCGGGCACCUCGAAGAUGCUCCCUAGCUAAAGAGAAGAUGGGCGUUCAGGGCUCAUUCGCCGGUGCCAUGGGAUUUGCUUGUUUCUAUGCAAACUUCUCCUCCACCGUGAGACGUCGGAUGGGGCUGCCUGCGUUCCUCGCCAUCUGCUUCGUUCUGCUGAGCUUCUGCAGCUUGCCAUGCCUCGCUUUCCGCAGUCCGGAGGGAAGACACACCAGGCGACUGCAGAGGGCCUUAGCAGCAGGGAUCGGCUUGGAAGACGUGGCCAAUGCAAGCCUCUCGAGCCCAGAAAGUAACUUCAGCGCACCUUUGCAAACAACCAGCACCCUUGCCUCUGAAAGACUGUACAAAGCCCCAGCAGAGCCACCUGGGAGUUCAGUCUACACAGCCACCACCAUUAAAGCAACGUUGCAGACCAUUUUGAGCGUUCCUGGUUUCUUGGGAGGCCAGAAUCCAGAUGUUUCUAACAUUGCAGAGGCAGGAAUUGAGGGAAGCAAAAGACAGUUCCUUACCAGCGAACCCAAUAAGGAGCUGGAGCAGAAGGCGACAGUUGUGACUCCUCCAGUUUCUAAUGUUCAGGAUGACACCCCAGAAAGAGACAGUGGUGGGGGAGUGGGACCUAUCUCUCCAGGGGAUUUAUAUGGGGAUGUUUUCACACCCAUUAUCCCAGAAGGAGCAGAAAGCAUUGGCUACUCAGCUACAGUCCAGACCACCAUGCAAGUACGGGUGGCAAGUUUUCCUAGUACAAUGGCUGAUGACCAAACCACGAAUCCAUCCCCUCCUCUUGGCCGGGCAAUUGAUUCCGAGCAAACCCCAAAUGAAGGUGGGCCAUUGAUUUUGGAAGGCACAGCGUCUACUGUAAAGCCCACUUUACUUCCCACUAAUGCGAACAUUGGCUUGGAAGUGGGUGUCUCCACUAGUCCAGGGCAACCCAAAGACAACCCCACAGGUGCCCCUGCUGCCGUGCCAAUGAGUGACGACUGGGAUGAUACAAAACUUGCACCGAGCACUCAUGCAAGGGCCACACAGGCAGAAAUGGUGAACCAGCUCCACAUAGUCACUGAACUUUACCCUUCAGCAGAAGGAGAGGAGGAAGACGAUGACGUCAAAAGGGUCCCACCACGGAUUUUGGCAGUGAAAGAAAGUGAAGGUAUUCUGACUGCCGCAAGCUUGGUGUCCACUCAGGGUGGAGCAUCCACUAUGUUCUCGACUGGCUUGGAUCAUGUCCACCCCACCCAUCCGUCAAUGAAGGCUGAAGAGCCUGCUGAAGGCCGAGAGGAAAAACCAGGGCCAGCUGAGACACAGCAUCCCAGGCUGAUUCCAGAGACCGCCACCACAACCGACGUCACCAAAUCCAGUGUCUUUCAAACCCAAGUAGUUCCAGUAAGAGGUGCAGCAACGCCAUCCCACGACUUUGAUGAUCUCUUCCCAGCUGUGACCCCUGGAGACUUCACUACCCAAGAACAUCAGGGGACGGAAGAAAGAGCGUCAGUCACCCUUCCUGGUGCUUCCCCAUUGCUGAAGCAGUCUGAAAUCUCUGCACACUCUGCACCUCCUACCUACGUUACUGUAGUUGAAACACUGGAUGCUGGAGUUCCUGCCACAUCUCAAGGAAAGGCAGGGGUUGCUUCCAUUGCUGAAGCUCCAACUGAGCCAAGAGUGCAGUCAGAAGAGAUCUUUGGUGUGACCGAAGCCAUGGCUGCUCCUCCUUCCUCGGCAUCUGCCACAAGGAAGACCACCAUCCCUGCCAUGCACCGGAUAACCACAGCUGCCACCUAUGAGCUGGAUAGACUGGAAUCGGAAGAGGAAGAGGAGGAAGAGGAGGAGGAAGAGGAGGAGGAUGAAGAGGAACCAGAUGAGGACGAGGAGGACGAAGAGGAAGAAGAUAAUGACGACGACAGAGACCUGAACUCCAUGGAUGAAGUUUUGGAUGGAGAUGCUGACUUGUCCAGUUUCACAGUUCCUGGGGAGACUUCGCAGGAACCUUUGGAAGAGCUGGAGAACCCGGUAGGAGAGCUCUCUGGAGUCUCUUACCAGGUGCCGAGCGCAAUCGAAUGGGAACAGCAGAACCAAGGACUCGUGAGAAGCUGGAUGGAAAAGCUGAAAGAUAAGGCAGGCUACAUGUCUGGCAUGCUGGUCCCGGUGGGAGUUGGUAUCGCUGGAGCCCUUUUCAUCCUGGGAGCGCUCUACAGCAUCAAGAUCAUGAACCGCAGGCGCAGGAACGGAUUCAAGAGGCACAAGCGAAAGAGGGAAUUUAACAGCAUGCAAGACCGGGUGAUGCUUUUAGCCGACAGCUCCGAAGAUGAAUUUUGAAUCAGUCUGCAGCGCCGCGGCGUCGUGAUCUCGAGUGACUCUCUCUCUCUCUCUCUUUCUGUCUCUCUCUUUCUAUAUAUUUUUUCCUGCAAAGGGAGGUGGGUCGGGAGAAGGCCUUUUUCUGCUGCAUCACAGCUGCCAACCACAUUCCCGCACGGCAACGGCAGUUUGUACAGCCUGUCCCCGAACGAAACCACACACUCACACACGAGACACCCACACCGAAAAAGAGCAUGCUGCAGCGCAAGUGUAACACACAACUACAUUUGAUUUUUUAAUAUAUAUAUAUCUAUACACCCAAUACCGUGGCAGUACAACUUCAUAGUCAUGUGCCGCAUGCCAUUCAGAGGUAAUGUCGACAACGGAUACAGUGGCACAGAGGCUGAAGUGAGGGAUAAUAGACCUUCAAAUAUUAAUUUUCCAUUCUGGCCGACAGCGAUCAAGCUGUCGCCGGUCUUGUUGCAGUUAUUGGGGAAGGAAGUCUUCUGCCUAGAUACAUUCUGUUCCUCAUUGGGAAGCUCGCUCUUUCUUUUUUUGUGUUGCAUUACCUGAGCGGGAGUUCACGGCAUCUAAAAUUAACAGCUGUGUUUAAUUAAUGAAGUGCCAACUGGAAGCAGCCUAUUUCCGCAGCACGGUAGUAGCUAUAUAGAAUACUAUCAACAGAUGCAACGAUAUGUAUAGUACACUACGCUUAGGGCUGAAUUUGACAA